AUACGUUAAUUAUUUCUACCGAUGAUUAUAAUCAUAAAAUGACUGUUAGAAGCAAACGACUAAACAAUAGUUGUUCAACAUAUGAGUCGGGAUGUCAUACAAGCGGUUCGGAUAGUUAUGAGAAGUCAUUGUUUAAUUGGGAUCUCAUCUCCUAUGAAGAUCUGCCCGAUUGGAUGAAAGACAAUGAAUUUAUCCGAUUCUACUAUAGGCCACAAUUAAAAUCUUAUGAACUAUGUUUGUGGUCAAUGUUUCGCGUCCACAAUCAGACCACUAAUAUCUGGUCACAUCUAUUGGCGGCCAUAAUAUUUAAUUAUAUAUUUAUGAAUCAAUUUCCCGAAUUUUUGAUCACUAGAGCGGAUCGAAUAAUAUUUUCAUCGGUAUAUUUGGGAUCAAUUUUAUCGUUUUACGGUUCAAUAACUUUCCACACUUUUCUGUGUCAUUCAAAAAGGAUGGCAUCAUUGGUGGCUAAACUCGAUUACAUUGGCAUUUCUGUACACAUUUACGGUAAUGCAAUCGGUUUGUCAUACUUUACCUUUUACUGUGACGACCAAUGGUUUAAAUGGAUCAUCAAUUUUGUGACCAUCUUUUUCAUAGUGUGUUUCAUCUUAAAUAAUAUGUCAAUAUUUGACAAAAACACACCGUUUUCUCGUACAUUCAGAGCCAUUAUCUUCUUCUCAUUUGGCUUUACAUCAGUUAUACCGCAAAUCUAUUGGUUUACAUCCGAUAAAUUGAAUUCAAUUGAUACUUCAUUGGCCACAAAUAAUUUAAUAUUAAUGGAUAUCUUUUACGUUUUGGGCACUAUUUUUUACACAACUCGUAUACCUGAGCGCUAUUUAAUAGGAGGGUGCGAUUUAUUUCACUCUCAUAUGUGGUUUCAUAUUUGCUCUUUUUUAGGAAGUUUUUUCUCUUAUAAAGCCAUCGAAGAGAUUGCUUAUCAAAGAUCACUAUCACAUUGUCUGUGA